AUGCCCGGGCUGAUGAAUCGAUUCACGGGUGCCCCCCUGCCCCUCACAUCAGCUGAGAUAAGCGCCUGUGUCAGCGGCUACGCCCUGGGGAUGACCGCCUCACUCACCUACAGCAACCCGGAGGCUCAGCCUGUGGAAGCCCUCUUCGUAUUCCCGCUCAAUGAGCACACGGUGGUGGUCGGCUUCGAGGCCGUUAUCUGCAGACGUAUCGUCACCGUCCAGAUUAAAGACAAGGCCAAAAUGGACGAAUCCUACUACGACUACUGCAGCAUGUCCAGCGGAAGACUGCCCGACGGGAACGGAAGGAUUCUUCUCGAUGAAGAUUUAGAAAGAAUUAUUUUUGUGGCCAACCUUGGAGCAGUGCCGGCCCAGGAAAGUGUGUCAGUGCUUAUCAGUACAUCCUCUGAGCUCCCAACACUUUCCAGUGGGGCCGUCCGAGUCCUCGUGCCACCAGUCUGUGUCCCUCGAGUGUCACACACCUCCACGGACAGCAACUUAUACUCUGUCACUCCUCUGAGAUUAAGAGAGGCUGGAUUGUGCGGUGGCACCAAAAAGCUCUGCCUGGCGACCUUACUGGAAACAGAGGCUGUAAAUGCCACAGAGUACGAACUGACUUUCCACCUGGAGAUCCGGGCACCCUACCUGUUAGCAGGUGUGGAGAGUCCCACCCAUGAGAUCCGAGCUGACGCCGAUCCCUCAGCUCCUUCUGCCAAGAGCAUCAUGAUCACACUGGCCAACAAGCACACGUAUGACCGUCCGGUGGAGAUCCUCAUCCACCCCAGCGAGCCUCAUCUGCCACACAUUCUCAUGGAGGAAGGCGAUAUGAGCCCCUACGAAUAUGAACAGUUCUUAAGAGGAAAGAGCGACUUCAUCCGAGGGACCAAGAAAGACCCAAGCCCAGAGAAAAAGACGGAGAUAAUCCGCAAGCGCCUCAUUAAGGACAUCUGUCACAACCCGGUGGUGAUGCUGAACUUCUGCCCGGACCUGAAGUCUGCGCAGACCGACCUCAGCAAGACCCAAGGAGAAUUCAUCUUCCUCAUCGACCGCAGCGGAAGCAUGAGCGGAGUCAGCAUCACCAGAGUGCGGGAUGCCAUGCUUGUCAUUUUGAAAAGUCUCAUGCCGACGUCACUCUUCAAUAUCAUCGGUUUUGGUUCAACCUUCAAGUCCUUGUUCCCCUGCAGCCAGAGCUACAAUGAGGAAAGCCUCGCCAUUGCCUGUGAGAGCAUCAAGAAACUUCGAGCCGACAUGGGGGGGACCAACAUCUUAUCGCCCCUGAACUGGAUCAUCCGGCAGCCGGUGUGCCGCGGUUACCCACGUCUCCUCUUCCUGCUCACGGACGGAGCUGUCAGCAACACCGGCAAAGUCAUCGAGCUUAUCCGUCAUCACGCGUCCUUCACUCGAUGUUACAGCUUCGGGAUCGGCCAAAAUGCCUGCCGUCGACUGGUCCAGGGAGUGGCGAGCGUGUCCAAGGGCAGCGCAGAGUUUUUAAUUGAAGGAGAAAGACUACAACCCAAGAUGUUGCAAUCUCUGAAAAAGUCAAUGGCCCCGGUUCUUAGUGAUGUCACCGUGGAGUGGGUUUUCCCAGAAAGCACCGAGGUCCUGAUCUCCCCGAUCAGCUCCAGCUUCCUCUUCCCCGGAGAUCGUCUGGUGGGUUACGGAGUUGUGUGCAGUACGGCCCGCUUCCUCUCCAACCCCCGUACGGAUAAGAGGAGGAGAUACAGUAUGAUGCGCUCUCAGGAGUCGGGGAGCUCUGUAUUUUUCCAGUCCCAAGACUCUUCUGGAAGUGGAGGGUCGAGGGGUCAACAAGACACUGGUCUUUCCUCGGAACACAGCACAGAAUUUCUGGACAGUAAAGAGGAUCUGGCUGGAGAACGUGAGUCUGAUCCUGGCUUUCAACGAAGAGCCUACAGCACCAGUCAGAUUGCCGACCACCAACCUUUGCCGAGGUUCCACACAGCCAGCGACCCCAGUACUGCCCAGGAGAAGAGUCCUGUAUGCAGGAUCCAAAUCCAAGAACUUCAGGGUACAGACGACACAAGCUCUGACAUUCAUGACUCUCAGUCAUCUCUGUCCAUCAGCCCAUUUGUCAGCACCACAAAAAUUAGGGGAGCUGGCGCCAGGCGGCCAUCUCUUCUUCAGCAGAGCUGCCUCUCGUUCUGCCAUGACUUGGAUUCCCCACUGACACAUGAGGGUCCACAAGCGUCAAACACAGGAAGUCCCUCUACCCAACAGGAGACUUCUCUCUCUCUGAAAUCUUCCUCGGACAGUCAGCCUUUCAGCAGCCCGGGAGAUCUGGAUUGCCAUCACCCAUGUUUCACCUUUGAAACCGAGGCAGUGUCCGAGGAGAUGCCACCAGAACAUAUCUCUGGGAUCAAGAGUCCGUCUUCUCACACACCCUCCAUGUGUAAGGCUGUGGUCAGGGGUCUGAAGGGCAAUCAUCCGGUGCAGUGGGAAAUUGCAUUCGACAUCCAGAAACUGUUCAGGGAACGAGAAAGCAGAGAUGAUGAUGAGAGCGACCUGUGGAACGAGACCUUUCAUCAUCUGGCGGCCAAGUCCAUCAUCCGAGACUUUGAGCAGCUGGCUGAGAGAGAAAGUGACAUCGAGCAUGGCGUUGGCCGCCGGUUCCAGCUGAACACCAUUCACGCCAGCAAGGCCUGUAAUGUCAUCAGCAAGUACACGGCGUUCGUUCCUGUAGAUCUCAGCAGCAACUCGUACCUGCCCAGCGUGGUGGAGUACGCCAACACAGGUGCUGCUCUCAAACAGGGAUCUCAGCGCAGCUUAAGCUCCGGAAGUCGCCGGCUGCGAGGAUUCUCCAUCGGGCUGGGACGAUCCCAAUCCACAUGCGUGUCCGACUCAUCAGACGAUCGAUUCUUCAAUGUUGAAGAGAGCGCCAUAUCCCCCUGCACGACGCCAGUGUCCUCAGGAUGGGAGCGCUGCAGUUUUCCACAAGCCGCCCCACGCAGUCCGUCGGUUUCCUCGUCCCAUUCUCAGAGGUCUAUAGAAAGUCUUUUUGCCGCCAGGUUGACCCUCAAUAAGACGAGGCUUCUGACCCGAGCAGCCAAAGGAUUUAUGAUCAAAUCUCCUGGAAAAGGCAGCGAGGAAAGCGAGAACGAGAAGAACAUUGACUACCUGCCCCUGGUGACUCUGCAGUUGGCUUGUGGAGCCUUUCUACUGAACAAGGCCUUUGCAGAUGAGGCCAACAUCCCGAUGGACAAACUCAAGUGGACAUCUCCAUUCACGAGUCACCGUACCACUCUGAGCCCAAUGUCUCAUGGCUCUUCUCCAUCACGUAAGGACCCCGGACUUGCUUCGGCAGGUACGGGACACCUGCUCGCCCCUGACAGUGACCAUCACACCACACUGAAUGGGUUUGGUGAAGAUGUCUGCCAGCAGCCCCGAACACGCCACCUCUCCAGCAGUGCUUUGGACAGUCCUUCUGGAUCCUCAAAGUCAGAGAACGAACUGACCCUCCCCGUCCUUCCCAUACGGCGCUUUUCAUCUCCUGACAGCACUCAAGACUCUGCCUCCAUUCACACAGACAGCGGACUGGGGUCUGAGUCAGAUGGUACCGAGGUCCAGUCUUGGAUGGAGAGCAUUGAGGAGCAACGCAGGUCACAUCCAGAAAGCAUGAUCUGGGCCACAGCCGUAGCCCUGGCCUGGCUGGAGAACAACUCCGCCUCUUACUUCACCGAGUGGGAGUUACUAGCGGCCAAGGCUGACCGGUGGUUGGGCAAGCAGAAGAUCCCAGAGGGGCGCACUCUGGCCACGGUCAAGUCUGCCGCUCAGCAGCUUUUUGUCUUGCUUCGACACUGGGAUGAAAACUUGCAGUUCAAUGUCUUGUGUUACAACCCAAACAGCGUGUAG